ACGAUGCCUCCAGAGGCGCUAGAAGCGCAUUCACCGCACUUAACUUCUAACGAAGUGCAACCACCCAGUGAGAACAGCGAUGCAGCCACUCCAUCUGCCGAUGAUGUAGAACAGAAUACACGCCCGGUGUCUCAACCACGACCGUAUAUUCCCCCACCAAGAAGACCGACCUCUGUCAGUCCUCUACGCCGCGUCCUUCUCUUCUUUGGUUUUGGGAGGGAUAACAAGACCAGGAGGCAACUCGUUAGCUUCGUGCUCGCCUUGACCAUCGAUUUCUCUGAAAUCAUCGCCAUUAUCACGUUGCUCGCCUACGCCCAGCACCGUACUAGCCCUACAUCGACAGAUCAGACUGAAUGGGACGUAUGCGGCAAACCCCUGGCGAUUUGGGACAUACUCUGGGUUCCCCGUCUUGUUCUGGACGUCUUCAUGGCGACUUGGAAGUGGAAGAUGCAGCGGAGAAAGAAUGCGAGGACCGUUAGCCGGACAGCCGACCUUGAACGAGCACAGGCUGGCAUAACAGGCGUAGCAAACCCUAAUACACUGCCUAUGCCUGCUCCGCCUCGCAGAACUGCAACUACAACAGAGAGGACCGAACCUAACGACGCAGAGGAGAAGGGCUACGCGGGGUGGUCGGCGGUCGGGUAUCUUUACACAAUAGUCUGGUUCAUUCUGGCACACGUCUUUGAGUACAGAGACACCAACAAAUGUAGACUUGGCGCUCCACAUAUCUGGUGGCUUACGUUCGGCCUUCUCUGCAUCGUAUACAUCAUCAUCAUCGAGUUCCUUCUUCUCGCCCUCCUCGUCUUCGUGGUCUGGCCAUUACUCUAUCUACUUGGAAGCAUCGUGCUUUUGUGUCUGGGACGUCAUCCGGCCCAGAGCAUCAAACCGGAAAUCGGAAAACUCCCAAAAAGCGUGGUCGAUAUGAUCCCUCUUGUGUACUACAUUCCGCCACCUCCAGACGAGCCUUCAAAACCCAUCGCCUUCCCGCCCGAAGCAUUUUCCUAUCCACCCAAGCCCUCGCAGCUUCUAAAAACGCCCAAACGACGCUUCAAAUUCUUUCCGAUUAAGAAGCGCUCAUCCAAGGACACGGGCGCUAAUGGAGGGAAGGAGGCUGGAGACGAGAAAAGUAAGAGAUCUAGGGAUGGGGCUGGCGAGGUCGUGAAGCCGACGGUCUGGGAGGAUAACUGGGAGAAGGGGGACCAUCCGUUUGUGAGACUUGAGGGCAACAGGGCGUCUUGCGCCAUUUGCCUCAUGGACUUCGAUGAACCAAAGAGGGCGCCUGGUGCUGAGGGCGUGAGGGACUCCAAAAUGGAUGCUGACGGAGGUAAUGGCAAGGGUACUCAAGAGAUUGCGGUCGAACAGCCUGCGACUCCAAUAAGGGAGUCAACAGGCACACAGGAUACGCCGGCUGGUGCGAGCGGGCCAGAUAAUGAGACGACGACCAUUGACAUCGAAGGUGAUAUGUAUCUGGAAGACGACGGGAACGAUGGAAUACAAGCGGAAUUGAGGCUGGAAGAUGCAGGUGAUGGUCCUCAGCCCCUGAGGCUACUGGUCUGCGGGCAUGUGUUCCAUAAAACCUGUCUUGACCCAUGGCUGUCCGAUGUCUCUGGACGGUGUCCUGUCUGCCAACGCCCCGUCGAGAAGGAGGAAAUCGAGGCAGCCAUCGACGCUGCUCAAAAUAGGAAGACAGUGAGCAAACGUAUGCGACGACGCGACGCGCAGAAUCCUCCUAGACGGCCAUGAUUUCUGUUCAAAUGAACAGCCUGCGCUCUGCUCCAUUCUGAUUUCCUGACAUAUGCUAUUUUUCAAUCGCGGUCCCCGUCUUCUCUUCCCUUUUAUGUGCUACGAAACAUCAUGAUGCUCGCGUUGCGCUCAGUGAACCCCUCAGGAUGGACCAGAUCGGUGAGGUGUAUUGCCAGGGUGCCUUCUUCGUCGUUGUAAAUUCUGUAUCCUUCUUGUAUCUCAACAACUCGCUUUCGCACGUGUAAUCUCAGUGUAUAUGCC